UAGAAGCUGUUCCAGUAUUUUAGGAUACAGCAGAAAUCCUUAUUUCUUCCGGUGCAGGGGGGGACACUUUAUAAUGACUGUUAGCACUUCCUUCUUUCAAUAUUUGUGCAACUUUAUCUCGACCUGCAAGUUGCACGGUGACGCAAAUCCGUCCCCAUGCUCAUAAUAAACAGAGGAAAUCUAUUCCCCGCGAAAACGAAAACACAAUUAACAUCAGAGGCGAUACUUCAUCCGCAAGGCCCCUCAAGAUUCUCACUGCGGGUCACGGCCAAUGCCAUCUUGUGACCUGCACUUAAAAGGCGCGGAAGCCACGAUGACCCCGGCUGCCUCCUAUCAUCACGGUGUUUUCGAGUGAGACUUUUCCGGGUUAAAAUUAGCAGUGAGAUACUGAAGGUUUGCCCUCCAUCACGCAGUCAAAACAAUCCAGGGAAGAGGAUAUGGCAGACACAGCACGCCUCCAGUUAUUUCAGUGACCGACGAUGAGGUUUUUUCAGCGGGAAGCAUCAAAAACAGCGCUCGGCGUCUCUCUGCGGAGCUGUAUAAAUGAUCGCAGGUGGGAUUUCUGCUUGUGCCAGCAACUCCGGCAUCAUUCAAAAUCUGUGAGAAUGAAGAAAAGACACAUGUACAGGAGAUAAGACACAACACUUCAUUGGCUUGUUGUGAAACUAGAGAGCAGAAGAUCAGCGUCUAAAGCCACAACGCCAAAGAAUGCAUGACAAAAGUGUUACAUCAAUAACAUCUCCAUGGAGACAAGCAGCACCAGUAAAAUGACAUACUGCACGUUUAAGAGAGAUGUUUUUGCUUUGUCUUCAUCAGGGGUCUCCAACCUGUAACUCGAGAACUACCAGGAGCUCUCCACCCCAUUCCAAGUAGCUUGCCAAUGGAUUUCUGAUUGCAGAUAAUAAGUAUAAUUUGAUUAAUUACCAUUGUACAUGUAUAAUUUUGAUGCCCAACUUGGUGCACCGGUAUAUGGACAAUGGUUUAUGUUUUCUAAGCAUGUCUAAGGCUCGCCGUGGCUCUUAUAUUUACUGUGUUUCUUUGCGACUGCUGAAAUUGGUAGCUCUCUUGUGUUUUUGUUUCAUAAAAGUAACUCACUAUGGCAUUUAACAUGGAUUUUUUUUCUUUUUCUUUUACCUUUAAGUCCCAUUGGAGUCAAAUAUAUACAAGAUAAACAUGCAUACAAGCAGCAGGUAGAGGACACCACCAGAAUGGUUGCAUAGUACAUCCUACCUUACCCUUUCUAUUUUAAAAACUUUAUUUUCUGAUCUAUGUUAUAAUGCUCUUUUUUUGUCAUUCACAAGUUUAACACAAAAAUUAGAAUUGCCAAUUUGUGGGAGAUGGGCACUUUUUUCAACUCCAGAUUCUUAAAGCAACACCUUGUAACUCCAGGCCAGGAACGAGUCAAGUCUGUGGAGAUGCGAGCCUGCUCACAGUAAGGACGCAUGUUUUUCAGAGCAAUAAAAACAUCCAAACUUCUGAGAGACAAAGACUACUGAGACGCACAGUGGAAAUGAUGCAGCAAAACCUGAAUUUCCCUUUGGAUCAAUAAAAUAUCUCUUUUUUAAUGUUUUACACCUGACUCUUUUUAAUGUUUACACCUGACCAGACCUCCCCAUUUCCGCUGUUGCAGCAGAUUUAUCCAAAACACGUGAUUUGUCCCAGUUUUAUACAAGAAAUAUCCCUGGUGUCCCUAUUUUUGAGCAAUUUGAUCCCUGCCAACAGGAAAGAGAGGUAUAAACAGUCAUUUGUUUCAGUAAAAUACAGAAAAGCUGCUUAAAAAUGACCAAAACACAAGAAAAUGUGAGUAUACUGACUCACAUGUUCGUCAUGAAUGGACUUUGCAGAACAUUUUUCCUUAAUUACGCACUCGUUUCACAAUUUUAUUAUUACCAAACACAAAAAACACGGGAAAUUCUGGUCACCCUGGCUAAGUAGACCACUGAUUAAGCAUUAAAAGUCUAGGGGCCUUGAGAAUAUAGAUAAAAAAAGAAUUCACUUGUAGAUGUACACGAAUAAACCCACUGGAACCGCCCAAGUGCUCACAAAUACGGUGCAGACAUGAGAGAUCAGUGCAGACGGAGGUAGCCUGGGCUGGUCCCUCUUCAGAUAAAUCCGCCUGUCUGGUCUGGUUCAUUGGGAGUGCGUGUGAGUGUGCGCACGACCGGCUCCCAGGCUCCGUGGGAAAACUGUCUGCAGCCGAGGACAAGCUCUGAGAGGCGGGGAGAGAGGGGAGCUGUGCCCGGGUGCUCACCGGGGAUCAGCGCGCCAGACGCAGCUUUGUCCGGACACUUUUCCAGAGACUUUACAAGCGUGGGAUGAAAUAAAAGUUUUGAUUUUAUGUUUUUGCAUGGAUUUUUUCCGAUUUGGCAAUCCCUUUUGAGUUUUAGAUUAGUUUUGUUUUGUUUUUUGGCGCACUUUUUUUGCAUAAUUUUAGCAUAACUUAGCCAAAAUCUAAUCUUUAUUUUUUGAAGAUUGGUUAAAUGUAUUCGGAAUAUAUGACAAUUUUAUUAGCUAUGUAAGAGACUAUGUAGUUUUUUUUGUUUUCUUUAGUUUUGUUUAUUUUUAUCUCCACCACCACACCUCCAGCCGAUCCCCGGGGAGAGGCCAGGAGCGUCCCCGCCGUCCGCGCACCAUGAAGCGCCCUUCUGAAGACAGCAGCUCCGGUGACAGUGACUCGGAGGAAACCAUCGAUGUGGGCUGUGAAAAUAUGUAUUCAGGGCACAUAAAGGCGUCCUUCAUAAGAUGCGCCUCGCCGACCACAACAACUCAAGUCAUAGCCAGGAAGAAACGCAGAGGGAUCAUUGAGAAGAGGCGCAGGGACCGAAUCAACAACAGUCUGUUAGAGCUGAGGAGACUGGUGCCCUCUGCAUUUGAGAAGCAGGGUUCGGCUAAACUGGAGAAAGCCGAGAUUCUGCAGAUGACUGUGGACCAUCUGAAGAUGCUGCAGGCCACGGGAGGAAAAGGUUAUUUUGACGCCCAGGCCCUGGCUCAGGACUUCCUGUCUCUGGGCUUUCGGGAGUGUGUGUCUGAAGUGUCCCGGUACCUCAGCUCUGUGGAGGGGCUGGACUGUACGGACCCUCUGCGCUCCAGGCUGCUGUCCCACCUCACCAGCUGCGCCUGCCGCCUGCACCUGCCUCCCCGGCAUCACUACCCCCCUCCACACCCUUACCUGCACCUCCACUGGCCCCCCACUGCCGCACUCAGACCUGCGCUCUAUGGACUCAACACUCUCCCAGCACCCGUGGAGGGAGCCUGUGUCCCUCUUUUCACACCCCACUGCAUCACCUCCGUCCAGGCCACCGUAUGUCCGCCCGCCCCCUCCCCCGUGUCGUCCACUGGUCCGCAGAUGCCCCACAGCAGCAGUAAACCGUACCGGCCCUGGGGGACUGAAGUGGGGGCUUUCUGACACACUUGGAGGCCUCCUGAAGUACACCAAUCAGGCACAACUCUACAGACACAUUUUAAAUUAACUCAUUUUGUGAUUUUCUUUUCUAAUACUGUUCUAUUUCUAUUCUUUCUAAGCAAAACACAUUAUACACCCGAGGGGCUCUGUGUAGCACCUAGCCUGGCCUUUUCAUUUCUCCUAUUUGAACAUAACUUGCUGCUAAUAUAUAGUUAACAUUUUGGACAUGGUGGAUUUGAUUUAGGAUUUUUAAACUGUGACCAACUACUCAGCCGAUUGCCUUCCCUGUUUCUGACAUCUAACAGUCCGAAAAAAAACCUUCCACUUUCUUAUCUCUCCUGUGUUUUGAACAGAAAUGACUGUAAACAAAUAAUCUGAGGUGGUUUUAUUUAAGCUGCUAUUUACUU